AUGCUGACUUUCGUAGUUGGACUGUUGUACCUGGUCAGCGGACGCACGGUGCGGAGCCAGGGUGCUACAGGUAGCCGCUUCGUUUGCAACGCCAUUCCCCCGGGCGCGGAGCCGGGCUGCGGGUAUGAUCCCUCUGGGAACCGCGUGCAGAGCAGCAGCCCGGCGGAGGACGAGCUGCGGAACACGAUCAUCGUGCUCCGGGAGACCAUCCUACAGCAGAAGGAGACCCUCGUGAUCCAGCAAGGGACCAUCAAGGAGCUCAACUCCAAGCUGGCGCGCUGCGAGGCGGCAGCCGACGAGUCUCCGCCCGGCAGGUCCCGGGGUCAGGGCUCCAGGCGGAAGGAGUACGGCAAGAACACGAUGGGGGACCUGCCCCGGGACCCCGGUGAGAGCAUAGACCAACUGGGCAAGACCAUGCAGAGUCUGAAGGGUCGGCUGGAGAACUUGGAGCAGCAGAGUUUGCGUCUUCCCAGCACUAAUGUGUCAGCUGGAAGUGUCUCUGCCCUGACUCCGCUGCCACUGGAGCUGCGGGAGUUGCUUCGGCAGCGGCUGGGGGCGCUGGAGACCCAGCUCCUCCGGAAGGUGGCCGAUCUGGAGGAGGAGAAGAGCCAGCUCUACAAUGAAACAGCGGCCCACCGCCAACGCACCGAGAGCGCUCUCAAUUCCCUCAUGGAGAGGAUCACCGAGCUGGAGAAAAGUAAUAAUGCCUUCAAGUCACCUGAGGAUUUUAAGGUGUCCCUCCCUCUUCGCACAAACUACCUGUAUGGACGCAUUAAGAAGAGCCUCCCGGAGAUGUACGCCUUCACCGUGUGCAUGUGGCUCAAGUCCAGCGCCAGCCCCGGCAUAGGAACCCCGUUCUCCUACGGCGUGCCAGGCCAGGCCAACGAGAUCGUCCUCAUCGAGUGGGGGAACAACCCCAUCGAGCUACUGGUUAAUGAUAAGGUGGCCCAGCUCCCUCUGUCUGUGAGCGACGGCCGCUGGCACCACAUCUGCAUCACCUGGACGACCAGAGAUGGAUUCUGGGAGGCUUAUCAGGACGGCGAGCGUCUAGGCACUGGGGACAACCUGGCCCCCUGGCACCCAAUUAAACCUGGGGGGGUGAUCAUCCUGGGCCAGGAGCAGGACAUAGUUGGAGGCCGUUUUGACGCCACCCAGGCCUUUGUGGGCGAGCUGAGCCAGUUCAACAUGUGGGACCGAGUUCUGCGGCCCAUGGACAUCGUGGGUCUGGCCAACUGCUCUGCGUACAUGCCGGGCAACGUGGUUCCCUGGGUUGAUGCUAAUGUGGAAGUGUUUGGUGGUGGGAGUAAAGCUGCUCUGGAAAUCUGUGAAGACCGUGCUUCUGAUUCCUAGAGGAUCGGAUGUAAGGGAAAUUAGCAUCGCCGCUGGGAUUGAAAAAAGCUAAGUAUUCUGACUGUUUGUUCUUUCAGUCAAAUCCCAAAGAGAAGGGCACCAGUGCAACAUUUUUACAAAGUUUUAUCGUGCGACUGCACACUUUCAAAGACCUUUGGGACCCACCUGUUGAAGUGUCCAUUCAAUUU